GUCAGGCAAAUGUCAUGUGCAUACGUAAAUCAUUCAUUCCAGUUAUAGUGUAUAAUCUAUGAUCAUUCAUUCAUAUUGUUCAUUCAUUGGGCCUCGGCCUAUUAACUUGUAAAUAUUAUGAUUUUUAAAUGAAGACAAGAAUUUUCUAAACUAAUAAUCAUUAUUUGGAGUUCUGAGUAUUGGUAAUUAGUUAUUUAUUAUAGUUUCAAUAUGCCACUCAACGCUAUAGCGAUGAAUAAAAAAGUAUCUUGUAAAAGGGUAAGACCUAAUGCUCGUUUUGAAGACUGGUUAUUACAUUUGUGUGCUGAAGCGAAAGCAAAGAAAAGCCACUUUGAACCAAUGCUCAAAGAGGCAGCAGAAUCUCUAGCAAAAUAUCCGCUACCACUGAAGACGGCAUCUGAGUGUAUAAUACUCAAAGGAUUUAACAAAAAACUAUGUUUAUAUCUUGACAAAUGUUUAACUUCUUUUAAUGAGAAAGCCUUGUCUAAUAAUUGUGAGAACAGAGGUCGUGGAGAACCAAGCCACUCUGCCAGGUCUACAACAAUAUCUCCAAUCCCAUCUAGUCAGCAUGUUACCAGAAGUAUCAGUAAUAGUCCUCUCUCAGAAAGUUUCCCAAAUCUUGGCAUUUCUGGACCACUAGAGAUAAAUCCAUCUUCACGUACGUCAAAAACAGACAGUGAGAUAUCAGAGAAUGUAUCAAGUGAUUCUGGUCCUUUAUCCAGUGGUAAUAAAAAGAAGAGAGGUAUAGCCAGUACAUAUAAACCUGCUUAUAGAUCAGGUGGUUAUGCUAUUUUAGUCACAUUACUUGAACAGAGUAAACUAAACCCAAAUUGUACAAUGACUAAAGAACUUUUGAUUGAGAAAGCUCAAAUUCACUGUGAGGAGUCAUUUGUAAGACCUAAAGCUGGGUCAAUGUAUACAGCCUGGUCUAACAUGAGCAGACUUUUGACAAAAGGUUUGGUUACUAAAACUAGGAAAAAGAAUGCUGAAUACUCAUUGACUUCAGAAGGUGAAAGAUUAGCUACAGAGUUAUUAGAUGCUAGUACAAAUAUUCCCACUGUAAAUGAUAUGAUUUUUAAUGAUAUACCUUCAACAAGUAGCAGUAAGAGUCAUACAAGUAACCCAAUCUCCAAUACUGCUCCUAAACAAGGUUCGUCCACAUCACAACAACAGAGUUUUAUAGAUAUGAAACCUGGUGAAUUUGAUAUAAUAUUACUAAUUGAUAAAAAUGAAACUGGAGGACUUAAGAAAAGAAAUGAUCCAACAAUAAUGGAAUUCAAUAAGUAUCCAGACUUGAAACAUGACUAUAGAAGUUUGAAAGUUGGAGACUUUACUUGGAUAGCCAAACAUAAGAAACACCCUGAACAAGAACUGGUUUUACCUUAUGUAGUAGAGAGAAAGAGAAUGGAUGAUCUCGCUGCCAGUAUUAAAGAUGGGAGAUUCCAUGAACAAAAAUUUAGACUUCGUAGAUGCGGACUUAAAAAUGUUAUUUAUUUAGUAGAAAAAUAUGACAAAAAUAAAGGAUUGGGGCUGCCUUUACCAAGUCUGUUACAAGCCUUGACUAAUACAAGAGUCCAGGACGGUUUUAAAGUUCGUUCUACUAAUUCUCUCAAUCAAUCAGUCCGUUUUCUGGCUAUGAUGACCAAAAGAUUGACAAUACGAUAUGGGAAAAUGACACUACGAAAUGGCGGCGAAGAAUGCGAUGAUUCUGAUGACAUGAAAUUUAUAAUUCCUCAAGCUGUAAAACUGAUGACAUUUGAAUAUUUUAACAAAUCAUCAGCUAAGACCAAGCCACUUACAGUCAAGGACACUUUCAUCAAAUUACUUCUGCAAUUAAAAGGAGUUUCGGUAGAAAAAGCCUUGGCGAUAACAAAUAGAUAUCCUACACCACAUUCGUUAAUUGUUGCUUACUAUAAAUGUGAUCAACAGGAAGGAGAGAUACUUCUGGCCAGCUUAAAAUAUGGCGAUCAAACCCGCAAUAUCGGACCUGCUUUAAGUAAAUCCGUUUAUCAUUUAUUUUCAACUUUAAAUCCAAAAUAGGUAGUGUUUUGUGUACAUACAUGGAGCGAUGCGAAUUGAAAUCUGGGCUUGAUAUUGAAGUGCCUGUAACUUGUACUAGACUAUUGAAAUACCUACUGGAAAAGGUGAAAUGAAGUAAUCGGAAAACGUUUGUCAGUUUAUAUUUUUCCUACGUGUUUUGGAUUUAUGCUAUGCAGCGCUGGAAGUCUUAACAAAGGUUUAUAUUAAACAAUUUGCUAAAUAAUGUACAGGUGUUCGGUAAAAUAUUGCUAUGAAAAUUCGUUCAGGAGAAUUUUAGAUUUUAUAUAGUGUUGUAUUUACAGAAUUACCUACACAUAUUUUGUUAUAUCUUGAAAAUUUAAGAUCUUUAUAUAAAUAAGUAGAUAGAUCGUAAAAUGCGAUUGUGUGAAUUUUCUUUUGUUUUUUCUUUUUUAUGAAACGUUGGCCCACACUAGGAUUUUCUCCUGUGCACAUACAAGUUCA